AUGCGCUACCGGCCGCUGGAGCCCGAGAUGGUGCUGCAGCUCUUCGGUGCCAAGUUCCGCCAGUGGCACCUCUCCACCCAGAGCGGCGGCAAGCGCGACUUGGUGGCGCCCUACCCUGACCAGGAGCCCAAGUUGCGCGAGGUGGAGCUGUACGAGCAGGCGGAAUGGGCUCGUGGCCGCAUCAGCCUCCUCGACUACCUGCGCAAGACCACGGCCGAGGGGAAGAUCUGCCACUGGCUCAAGAAGAAACACGUGCAGUCUGGCGGCGGCGCCACCCUAGAGGACUUUGCUGCGAACUACGUGAUGCAAGGCGAGAAAGUCGUGGCCGCCGAGACAGUUUCCAAGUUCAACGACCGCUACUUUGGCCAGUGGCUCAUGCUUCAUGUUCCCUUCGAGGAAGCCACGGACUUCUGCGUGCCGGAGCACGUCGCCCAACGGCUUCCGGAGGCACACAAGUACUUCGCCAUGGCAAUCCUCUGCGAGCACCCGGCGGCGCAGGCCAUGUGGCAGGACGACGAGAAGAUCCGCGCCGAGCUGAAGAUGGAGGCACACACCAAGGAUCACGUGGACACCAUCCUGGCCAUGAUCCGUGCGCAUCGCGGCUUGCUUCAGGAAUACCUUGAUGGCACCCUGGAUGCCCGAGAGGACCGGCAAACCCAGGAGAAGUGCCGCAGCAAGACGAAGACCUGCAAGAAGAAAGCAGGCCCCGUGGACGCUAGCAAGUUCAACAGGCAGCAACUCCGCUUCAAAGAGCUCGUGGACAGCGCAGUGGACAGAGCGCUGGCCAUCGAGGACGCAGAGGACGAGGGCGAGGCGGACCGUCUGCGACAAGAGGCGAAGGACAGCAAGGCCAACGUGUGCCUGGGACCACCCGGGACCGGCAAGACUACGGUGGUCUUCUCUUGCAUCGACCGUGCCUUGACCAAGGGCGGCAAGGUCUUGAUGGCUUUGCCGACCGCCCAGUUGGCCAGUCGCAUGAAGGCGCGCUACGGCCACAAGAUCGACAUCGACACCUGCCACGCCGCGUUUGGCCUACAUGAAUCUGCAGAGCAUGGCGAGGCGUCCUUGCUGAGCGUGUACUCUCUCAUUGUCGUAGACGAGCUUUCGCAACUGGACAUGGUCAACUUCGACAGGAUCUUGCGCUUGUGGGCAGCUGCAGAGCGCACGCCGGCCCUCGCGCUGCUGGGUGAUCGGUACCAGAUGCCCGGCAUGGGGGAGAAGCGCCCGUGGCAUUCGCGCCUUUGGAACACCAUGUGCUACCGCGUGGCCCUCCACAAAAUGUACCGCUGCAAGGACAAGGUGCACGCCAAGCUGCUGGCAACCCUCAGGACCGGCAAACCAAAUGCCAAGCUGCUCCGGCAGCUCCGCAAGAAGAUGGCGUGGCGGCCGCCGGGCCGGCCGACGGUGAAGGGACUCCAGAAGCUCCUCAAAUCCAAGCCCAACACGACGAUCCUGACUUGCACCAGGCGGGGUGCUGCUGUGGUCAACGGAACUGCUCUGAAGGCCCUCUUCCCGAAGUACCCUCCAAGUGCGACUUUGCCAGCUGACGUGGACUCCAAUCCUGAGAACUAUGCGCAAGGCAAGCUGAAGCCACCUGCAGAGCUGCAGCCCUCCACUAUGCCCGUCUACAAGGGCAUGCGGGUAUAUUUGACCCGCAAUGUGCGGAAGGAUGUCGACUUCGUCAAUGGAAUGGAGGCGACGGUGCUGAAGUACGACGACAACACGGGCGGCCUGCUGGUGCGCACUGCCACCGGGUUCGUGGUCAGCGUCUGGCCAUGGACCGACCCGGAAAGGGGUGGCUUGGUCUACUAUCCCGUCCGGCCGGGUUACGCGUCCACCAUCCUGAAGUUCCAGGGCGCCGAGCUGCCUCACGUCGUCGUCUACCUGGAUGCCCCGAAGGUGCCUGCCGCGGCCUACACUGCCAUCAGUAGGGUCGGCUACUACAAGGACUUCCUGUUGGCGGGCAUCUUGACAGAGGAUCAUUUCACUCCAGCCAAGUGA